AUGGGUGCGAAUCUCUCCCUCCUUGCUCCCCACGCCCACACCGUGGCCGUCCGCUCGUACGUGGACGUGCUCCCAGACUACAGGUUCCUCGAAGUGGUGAACAACACGCGGUUCCUCAAAACCAUCAAGGCGUACCACGCCCCCUCCGGCACGCUUGUGGUGAUCAAGAUUUUCAUCAAGCCGCCGCAGGCGCCCGUGCGGCUCCACGAGGCCUCGCAGCUGAUGGCAAAAGAGGCGUCGCUUCUCGCGCCAUACGCCAACUUGUUGGUGUGGCGGAAUAUCAUCGAGACCGACUCCGCGGGCUACUUGGUGCGGCAGAUGGUGCGCACCAAUCUCUACGACCGGCUCUCGCUCCGGCCGUUCCUAGCGCCCAUCGAAAAACGCUGGCUCGUGUUCCAGAUGCUCCGGACCAUGGACCUCCUCCACGGCCGUCUCCACGUGUGCCACGGCGAUCUCAAGACGGAAAACUUCCUUGUGUCCAGCUCCAACUGGCUCGUGCUCACGGACUUUGCCGCGCACACCAAGCCCGUGUACUUGCCGGAGGACAACCCGAGCGAGUACGUCUUCUACUUCGACAGCUCCAACCGCAGGGCGUGCUACGUGGCGCCCGAGCGCUUCUACAGCAAGGCGGGCCACGCGGACAUCCCCGAAAACCGCGCCAGCUGGCGCCUCUCGCCCGCGGCGGACCUCUUCUCGCUUGGCUGCGUGAUAGCCGAGCUCUACAUGGAUGGCGAACCUCCGUUCACACUCUCGGACUUGUACCGGUACAAGAAGGGCGAGCAGGAGCCAAUCGUGCUGGGCAUUUCGGACCCGGACGUGCAGCAAAUGGCACGGAACUUGCUUGCGCUCGACCCCGCCAAGCGCAGGUCGGCUCGGCAGAUAUUGGACGCCCACCGUGACUCGUUCUUCCCGACCUUCUUCUACGAUUUCUUGUACGACUUCAUGACCGACUUGAACACCGCGGAAAACUACGCGGCGGACGCCGACAAUGACACCCUCGGCCCCAGCGACUUGCGCAUCGAAAAGAUCUACGCGUCGUUUGACAGCAUCGUCACUGCGCUUGGCAUUGUCUAUCACGAGCCCCGCGUGCGUGGACGUGAGGAAGACGACAGUUUCCCGUACCUCAAGCUCAGUCUCAAGGGAAUGCCCCGCGAAUACUCCAUCGGAGCUGCUUCUCAGAGUGCCUCGGUGCAAAGUGCCCAGGGAGCCUUGCUAUUGUUGGACACGGUGUUUUCUUUGGUGAGGACAAUCAGACGCACGUCCAACAAAGUCAAGGCUUGCGAGAUCAUAUUGGCGUUGUCAGAGCAUGUCGGGGACGAGGCCAAGUUGGACCGGUCCCUUCCCUUCAUAUGCAGCUUUCUUGACGAGUUCAUCGACAAAGUCUCACGGGAACCUCAAGCCGUUGCUUCCGACCCCUCGCGCUUCCCAAACACGCCGGACUUUUCGUCCAGGGUUGCUAGCAUCUCCAUUCUAGCUAUGACAAAUUUGUUGCAGAGCUGCUCCAGCGUCAAUCCAGUCAACGCUCACGUGUUCCCGGACUAUAUUUUCCCGAAACUCAAGAGCCUCGCCUUCUUGAGCUCCUCCAUGAGAGAAGAUCUCGAUCACGUGAAGUCAACGCUUUCCGCAUGUUUCCCCCACCUCAUGAAGAUUUCAGAUCGAUUCAUGGGUUUUGCGUCAUGCACAACGCAGGGCACAGAUGGCCCCGAUGGUGCCUCCCACAAUGUCGCAGCUGUUUCUAUCAGAUGUGAAAAUGACAUCAAGGAUAUCACAGAAGCUCUUUUGACAGACCCAAAUGUAAAUGUCCGCAUCAGGUUGAUAUCCAACAUUCUUCCGAUGUGCCAAUACUUUGGAGUCGAUAAAACAAAUGACAUAAUAUUACCUCAUUUGAUCACUUACUUGAAUGACCCAAGCUUCCACCUUCGGCUUGCUUUCCUCUCAUCCAUCAAGAGUAUUGGAGGCUUUAUUGGUGUUUUGGCUUUCGAGCAGUAUCUUCUUCCAUUGUUAGUGCAAACCCUUGGCGAUCACGAGCCAUUUAUUGUCUUGAAAGUAUUGGAGAUCUUCAAUUACUUUGUAAGUGAGCGGAUCAUCAAUCCCAAGGCCCAAUUCAAUGCCCUUUCAAUCUAUAAGGAGCUACUAUCAAACACAACUAUGCUUUUGUUGCAGCCAAAUGAAUGGAUUAGACAAUCGGUGAUCUGCUUGAUACUAUCUAUUUCAAGUAAUCUACUGAAUGCAGACAGAUUUUGUUUUCUUUAUCCACUCAUCAAGUCGUUCUUGACUUAUGAUAUCUCGGUUUUGUCUUGGAACCAACUAUAUCCGUGUCUCACAAAACCGUUGUCUAAACAAGUCUUUGAAAUGGCACUUACAUGGCUCACUAAGUCUUCUGGUAAAUCUCUAUUCUGGAAGCAGACAAGUGUUUUGUUUUACAAAAACCAAGGGAAAAGAAAACUUGUCACUUAUACGAAAGAUAUGGGAAAGUCUAUAUAUGCCGGAGCUUCCAGCGCUUCUACAACAGGCCAGACAAAUCCUAUUGUGGACACUUCUCUUUCUCAUACUGACAGACAAUGGAUUCUCAAAUUGAAGUCUGUUGGUAUGGAAGAAACUGACUUAUGGAAGAUUUCAACAUUGCGAACAUACUUGACAGGAAUCAAUAGAUCAAGGGCCUAUACCGAAUCUGGCGACCACACAAAUUUUAGGCUUGCAACUAGCGUGAACAUUCCUCCAUUGAAUAUAUUUUGUGAACUAAAGUUUAAAUCCGAGACUUUGACGAACCGCUCAAAAGGAACUGUGUCAGGCAUCAAUCCUCUGACAAGCGUCUCUGAAAGGGGCAUUGCUGAGAUUAUGACAGGGACAAUUUCUCUUACGCACGGUGCCAAGGCCAAAGCAUCACUUCAAACAAACGAGUCAAACGUGUUUGCUGAAAUUAAUCCAUCGCAUGAUGCGUUUAAGCCGAAAAGUGAUGACCAACAUCAUUACGAAUCAAACAAAAACAACUCACAAAUGACUACGAACAAGGUUUUAUGUGCUACUGAUGAAAGAAUCAUCUCAGUUAGCAUACGGCACAAUUUUGCAGGUAAAAAUCCAUACAUUCUUUCCUACCUACAAAAUCUUGAUUUCAGACCGUCGUUCGAUGACUUCCCUGAAUUUGGCCCUCUUAUUAAGAGCAACAAGGUAAACAACGCUCAAGAAAAUAUGGCUUUCUAUGUAAGAGGUACUCCAGUGACGCAUUUUAACACAACCACCACAUCCAAGUCCAUAGAGGCUAUCACAAAGCUUGCUCUAUGCCCGUCUUCGGAAUUUUUUGUCAGUGGCUCAGAAACUGGUGCUUUGAAAGUUUGGGACACCUCGAAAUUGGAGACUGUCUCGGCAAAAACCGCUGUGUUAUCCCUCGAAUUGGGUAAGGAGAUAACGGAUAUUGUCUUCAUUCCCCAUCGCUUCGUAUUUGCUGUGGCUACGGCUGAUGGGCAGAUUCGCCUAUUCAGAGUUCAGGUGACGAGAGGUAAAAACCAUAAAAUUCUCAACUACUCAAAACUAGCAUUGAUACGAGCUUUCAAGCUAGAAAGUGGAUUUGCCAGAACAGUAUCAUUUGCUCAAAUGAACUCCACAGAGCUCUUGGUGGUUUCAACAAGCACAUGUCAGAUCGUGGCCUUUGACAUCAUUAAGACCACCAAAGUUUUUGAUCUCCAAAAUCCGCCGCAACAUGGUGUUCCAACCACUUUUAUCAUCUCGAAAACCAGUUCGUGGUUGCUCUUGGGAACAAGCGAAGGAGUUUUAAGCUUGUGGGAUAUCCGGUUUGAAAUUUUGCUCAAGGCCUGGAAAGUUGUAUCAGAUCAGGUUGGUGAGAAGACGACUGAAAUCAGGCGGUUGGUGCUCUUCCCCUAUUCCUCGAAACAGAAUUCAAAAGAAGAUCACGAGCAUUUUGCAAUGAUAGGCGGCAUAAAUGAGCGGGAUGUAACGGUUUGGGAAAUUCCUUCUUUUGAGUGUAGGGAAGUUCUCAGUGCCAACCAAGAUAUUCCGACACUUAAAAAUUACAAUCUCCAAAAAUUGGACUUCGCCAAGGAAUCGUCGCUUGAUAGCAUCUUGGCCAAUUUCACCUUGGACUUUGACCAAGCUCCCAAUAAGUGCAACACUGCUGUGGCUUUUUUCAGUGAAACUGGUGCAAAUAGUGAUGCAAACAAAGUUAUUGCCACAUCCACAAAUGACAACCGUAUCAUUUUGUGGAAUUUGACUGAUAUCAGUCAGUCAACGCUGUUGCUUGAUUCGAGAAACGCUACAUUUACGAAAAGCCAGAUAAAUCUGAAGUUGAGCAUUAGUUACGAAAAACUUGCUCCAUCAACGCGUGAUAAUACACUUCAAAAACAAAAUCCGAUCCACGAUACAAUCACCGACCUCAUCAUGGUUACGAAUCCCCACCCCAUGAUUGUUGCCGCGGAGCGGAACGGCUCUAUUCGUGUAUACAAGUGA